AUGUUAUCUUCUUUUUUGAUACAAGUGAUCUCCCUAGCAACCUUUUUGGUUGCUUCCACUCCAACUCAUGCAACCGCUCCAUCGUGGGGUAAUAGCAGCUCUAUUUUGAGACAUGACACUGGAGUCUAUGGACCAGAAGUGGAAGAGUUUCACUACUAUUAUGACCAAUGGCCCAUUGGAUUGGCUGUUUCAAAGGAAGGAAGAACAUUUGUCUGUUACUCUCGUGGAAAUUUGACCUACACUGUCGGUGAGGUGGUGAACAAGACUGCCGAGAAACCAUGGCCCAACCAGGAAAUGAACCUGCCAAGACAAGGACUUUCUCAAGUUGUUGAUGAAACCCUCUUUGGUAGUACGGACGAUACUGCUUUCAUCAGUGUUCAGGCACUUAUUUUCACCCCAGAUAACACCCUUUGGGUCUUGGACACUGGACGUCCAACUAUCAACGGUACUUCGGCUUUGGCGUUGCCUGGUGGUCCCAAGUUGAUGGCUUUUGAUAUUAACAACAAUACUGUCAAACGCACAUAUACCUUCCCGCUGGAUGUGCAUUAUCCCGACUCAUACUUGAACGAUGUCAGAAUCGACCAGCGUGCGAAUGUCACUGAAAGUGGUCAAGGUAUUGCUUACUUGGUGGACUCUUCUGACCAAGGAAGAAACGGAAUUAUCAUGUUGGAUUUGGGUACCGGAGAGUCGUGGCGUCAUCUUGAUCAGCACCCUUCUGUACUUCGUGUUCCAGAAAACGUUCCUAGUUACGAAGGUAAGCCAUUCUACAUGCACUUUGAGCAUCAACCAAGAGGGUUCCAAGUCGAAGGUAUCGAUGGUAUUCAGCUCAGUGUGGAUGGUGAAACCUUGUUCUACUCGCCAAUGACCAGUAGCUACUUGUACAGUAUUCCUGCCAAGUACUUGAGAGCCAACUCCAAGAAGGAUCCAUUAGCCAACCAAAGAGCGCAGAACCACGUCAACAAUCUUGGUCAAAGAGGUGGAAUGGCCAAUGGCUUUGAAGGCGAUACCAAUGAUUUGAUUUACAUGCCAAUGCCAGAACAUAACGCCAUUUAUGUUUAUAACUCCACCAGUCUUGCUGCUGAGCCAUUUGUGAGAGACCCUCGUAUCUUGUGGCCCGACACCAUCUGUAUCGGAUUCGAUGGUUAUUUGUAUAUCAACAUUAACCAGCUUUAUUACCAGGCAGCCUGGAAUAACGGAGUUGACACCAGACAAAAACCAGGAGCCAUUCUCAGAGUUAAACUUGAAAAUGGAGGCAACAAAGUGUUGUCUUUGGUAUAG